GACGCGCGCGGGGGUCCGGGAAGAACAGAGGGAAGGACGAGGAGGAGAGACAGAGACGGCGCGCAAGAGGGGGACGGGGGCUGUUCAGUGCUUAGCUAUCGGGUGAAUUUUCAUUCACCCGGUAGAUCUAGCCCCCCCACAAAAUCCCCCCCAAGAGCUUGCGCGGAGCCCGAAUCUCUCCUCCGGCUCCAACCGAGGAUGGACGCCGCCGCGAAGAAGCUCAGGCGGCUCCGCACGCUCGGGCGCGGCGCGUCGGGCGCCGUCGUCUGGCUCGCGUCGGACGAGGCCUCGGGGCAGCUGCUGGCAGUCAAGUCGGCUGGUCCCGGGGCUGCGGAGCAGCUGCGGCGCGAGGGAAGCGUCCUGUCCGGGCUCCGCUCGCCGCACAUUGUGCCCUGCCUCGGCUCGUGCGCCGAGGCCAGCGGCGAGUACAUGCUCUUCCUCGAGUUUGCGCCACGCGGCUCGCUCGACGACGAGGCGGCGAGGAAUGGGGGUUGCCUCGAGGAGCGCGCCAUUAGGACGUACGCGGCGGACGUGGCGAGGGGCCUGACCUACCUCCACGGGGAGUCGCUCGUGCACGGGGACGUCAAGGCAGCGAACAUCAUGGUCGGCGCCGACGGGCGGGCGAAGCUCGCGGACUUCGGGUGCGCGAGGAGGGUGGACUGCGAGCGGCCGAUCGGCGGCUCUCCGGCGUUCAUGGCACCGGAAGUGGCGCGCGGGGAGGAGCAGGGCACCGCGGCCGACGUGUGGGCUCUCGCCUGUACCGUCAUCGAGAUGGCCACCGGCGCCGCGCCGUGGAGCGACGUGGACGACGUCUUCGCGGCCGUCCACAAGAUCGGCUUCACGGACGCCGUACCGGAGGUGCCCACCUGGCUGUCAGCGGAGGCGAAGAGCUUCCUCCGCACGUGCCUGGUAAGAAACCCCCGCGACCGGCCCGCCGCCGCGCAGCUACUGGAGCACCCGUUCCUCGCGUCCGCCACCAGCGCCGCCAAAAGAGCGAAACACGACUGCGCGUCCCCCAAGAGCACACUCAACGCUGCAUUCUGGGAGUCCGACGGCGAGGACGACGUGGCGGAGGUGGAGGCGUCAGAGAGCGCGGCCGAAAGGAUCAGCUCACUGGCGAGCCCCUGCUCGGCCUUGCCGGACUGGGAUUCCGAGGAAGGCUGGAUCGAAGUGCGCAGCGAGUGCUCCCAGGUUUCCGAAGCUCCGGCAGCUACGGUGACGGCCGGUGCAGGUUUUGGUCUUAGCAGUAAAGCGCUGGAUGCCGCCGAGGUUUGUCUCCACGUCGUCGAUGUGGAAGGCGCCAUUAGAUAUCCUACGUGUAAUGUAGGAGUAACUGAUGAUUUCGUCGAGUGCGAGAGGCAAUCGAGUGUGAGUAUAUGCAGUGAUGCGGUACUCGGUUGUCCUUGUAAUGGAAAAGGAGAAAAUAAUUUUGAUAUCGCACAAAUUUUGCCAUUUCAUGACCUUGUUUGUGGAUAUUGUUUGCAUCUGCUUCCCUUCGAGGGAAAUCGCGAAGUGAAAGGAGAGAGAAUCCCGUCCUGA